AUGGAAAUCGCAGAAAUGCUCGAGCGUAGAAGGAUUGACAUCUGCUGCAUUCAGAAAACCCGAUGGAAAUCGAAUGGUGUCUGUCAUGUCAACAAAGACAAAGAAAAAUAUAAACUAUUCUGGGAUGGUCAAAAGACGACCAAAAACGGUGUUGGAAUUUUUGUCAGAGAACCGCUAGCCCAAGAAGUACUGGAUAUUAAAAAUAUUAAUUCACGUCUCAUGUGGAUCAAGCUUCGCAUAGAAAAGCAAACAAUGAUUAUUUUUUCUGCAUACGCACUACAGAUAGGCGAAUCAGAAGAGAUGGAAAAUGACUUCUGGGCUGCAUUCUCUGACACCAUCUCAACAAUACCAAAAUCUGAAACAAUCCUGAUUGGAGGCGAUCUCAAUGGCCACGUUGGA